AAGCCAACGAACCAGACACAUUAUCGAAGUGUGCAUUUUAGCUUGCUUCCUUAGAACACCAAAAUUGGCACGCAGGCUUAUUAGCUUACUAUUAUUAUCCUUUCAGGAAAAAAAAAAAGGAAAAGGAAAUGUCUUAUUUAUCCUUAGCUACUUCUUCUCUUCUAUGUGUUCUCUUAUUUUUCUUGUGCUCCUUGGAAAAGGGUUUCGCUCUCCAAAGAAGUAACAAGGACAUUGAUGAUGAUCAUAGUCACCAUGUUCGUCUCAGCUCUCUUUUGCCAUCACCUACUUGCAGCUCCUCUUCUGUCAAAGGUUCUAACAAAAUGAAGACAACAUUGGAUGUGGUACACAAACAUGGGCCAUGCUCCAAACUAAACAAAGCAAAUAAGGGCCCAACAUCACACAGUGACAUUCUGAAUGUAGACCAAGAAAGGGUCAAAUACAUUAACUCCAAGAUAUCCAAGAACAUGUUGGGCAAUGAUGAUGAACUUGGAUUGAAGCAAUUAGAUUCUGCCACUUUACCUGCCAAAUCUGGAAGCCUUAUUGGGUCAGGAAACUACUUUGUUGUAGUGGGUCUUGGGACACCAAAAAAGGAAUUGUCUCUUAUAUUUGACACUGGAAGUGAUCUCACUUGGACUCAGUGUCAGCCUUGUGCUAAAUCAUGCUACAAGCAACAAGAUGACAUUUUUGAUCCAUCAAAGUCUUCAACAUAUUCCAAUAUUACAUGCACUUCUUCACUUUGUACUCAGCUUUCUACAGCCACAGGAAAUGACCCAGGAUGUGCUUCAACAUCAAAGGCUUGUGUAUAUGGCAUCCAGUACGGUGACUCAUCCUUCUCUGUUGGCUUUUUCAGCCAUGAGCGGCUGACGGUGACCGGCACCGACUACGUGGACGGCUUCCUUUUUGGUUGUGGCCAAAACAACCAAGGCCUCUUCGGCGGCUCGGCCGGCUUAUUAGGCCUCGGCCGCCACCCUAUUUCCUUUGUCCAACAAACCGCCGCAAAAUAUCACAAAAUAUUCUCCUAUUGUCUUCCUUCCACCGCAAGCAAUGUAGGUUACCUUGCCUUUGGUGCUUCUACAACUUCUAGUUAUGUCAAAUACACUCCCUUUUCGACCAACCCGGCCGGCGCUUCCUUUUACGGCCUAGACAUCACCGGCAUAAGUGUUGGGGGCACCAAGCUCCCUGUUUCCUCCUCCACAUUCUCCACCGGCGGCACGAUUAUAGACUCCGGAACGGUGAUCACCCGGCUUCCACCAACGGCCUAUACCGCCUUAAGGUCAGCAUUCCGACAAGGUAUGGCGAGGUACCCCAUGGCGAGCAGUCUGUCCAUAUUGGACACAUGCUAUGACUUGAGUGCGUAUAAAACGGUAAUUUUCCCAAAGAUAAUAUUUGAAUUCGCCGGUGGUGCCACGGUGGAUCUCGCGGCGGGGACAUUUUAUGUUGCUAGUGUGAAACAAGUGUGCUUGGGUUUUGCACCCAAUGGGGAUGAUAGUGAUGUUACAAUAUUUGGAAAUGUGCAACAAAAGACACUACAAGUAGUGUAUGAUGUUAAUGGUGGCAAGGUAGGGUUUGGUGCUGGUGGAUGCAAGUGAUUUUACAUCAUAUAGUUUAGCUACGGGCAUUUAAGGGAGAAAGGAAAGGAAUCCCAAUUGCUCAAGGCAUUUUUUAUGAUUGCUAUUAUUAUAACAAUUACGAUAGGUAGAAAUGAAAGGGGAAAUAAAAAACAAAAUAGGUAAAGUUUCAAGGUUUGGGGAAAAAAUAAUGAAAACAUGUGUAGUGGUUGAAAAAUAUUAAUGGGCAAAUUAAAGUGUAACUGUAACAUAUGAAUUGAAGUGGUUAUCAUGGCUCAUGAAUCAUGAUAUAUAUAUAUGAUUGUUUGCAACUGUAAGAUAAUUGAGUAAGCAAAUGUGAAGCAAAAUGUAAAUUUCAGUAAUGGAUUGUUGAAUAAAUCGAAUGCAUAUGAACUUCUAGCUUA